AUGUACGCAAACUACAGUCAGCCUGCCUAUUCGCAACAUACCCCAUCAUCAGGGAGUCCCUAUCACAACCAUGGAUCUCGCCAUGGACGCCCACAGCAGUCCCCUCAGCCUGGCUUUGGAUAUCAAGCAGGCCCGCCUCCGCCCCCGGGCGCUGACUCUCAACUAUGGCAAUAUUUCAAUGCAGUGGAUACAGAUCACUCUGGUGCCAUCACCGUGACAGAAUUGCAAGCUGCCCUGGUUAAUGGAAAUUGGACGAGAUUUGAUCUCGAUACAGUAAAGAUGUUGAUGGGAAUUUUCGACGUGGAUCGAAGCGGGACGAUCUCAUACAACGAAUUCGCCGGACUCUGGAAAUACAUCUCUGAUUGGCAGAAUGUUUUCCGGCAUUUUGACAGAGAUCGUUCAGGAUCGAUAGAGGGCCGUGAAUUGGCGGAGGCUUUGCGCAACUUCGGGUAUAGUCUUUCGCCCCAUCUUCUAUCGCUUGUUGAGCGCAAAUAUGCUUCGGAGCCUUCCACGGCGUAUGGCCCUCCUCCUGGAAUAUCCUUCGAUAGAUUCGUGCGAGCGUGCGUCGUGGUGAAGAGUCUCACCGAAGCGUUCCAGCGCGUCGACACUGAUCGCGAUGGCUGGGUGCAGAUGAAUUACGACCAGUUCAUGAGUAUUGUCCUGAGUGCGCCUUGAAAAGGAAAUCAAAGGUUGCUGCCUAUCUAUCCGUUCACGAACUUGAGAAACUUGUCUUCUGUGACAUAUAUUGUAAAAUCCAUCUGUAAUACUUGUAUUGACCAAUAUCAUCAGGUAUUUGUACACCCUCUAGUUGAUUUCACCUGCCGCGGGGGAGAGAAUUCCUGAAUAGAACGGGUUCCUUGACCGCACGUUACAUUUACUGGUUCCUGUUGUUUCCGAGACCAGGGUGUCGUCAAUUGUCCCAGAAAAGAUCGCUU